AUGGCCAAUAGUAGCAGUGAUGAGUCUGAAGACAGUACCAAGGCUAGUAUCGACCCUUGUACGCCAACUAAACAUGAUGAAGAGGAUGAUGAGGAGGAGGAGGAGGAUUCUGAUGACACAGAGUCAGAUGAAGAUGAUGGGGAGCCAAGAACUGCUCCAGAACGAUACACACCACAGACCACUGUGAUGGACAAACCAUGUGCUAAACAAUCAGACCCAACGGUGCUCUCCCCGUGGCUUUCUGAGAACCGUAAACAGCACAAUGUCACUGAAGUGAAGGUGAAGAGUAUCGAGAGUGCACAGAAGAACCCAAAAGCUAUUGAUGACUGGAUAGAUAGCAUCAGUCGACUCCAUCGCUCCAAACCUCCAGCCACAGUACUUUACACCAGACCCAUGCCAGACAUUGAUACCCUGAUGCAGGAAUGGCCACCUGAGUUUGACAAGCUUUUGGGCAAGCAAAAAAAGACAGGACCACCUGCUAGACCAUGUGAACCAGCUGAAACUGAUGAAGAGGAUGAUGAUGAUGAGGAUGAUUCUGAUGACACAGAGUCAGAUGAAGAUUAUGGGGCCCCAAGACCAGCUCCAGAACGAUACACACCACAGACCACUGUGAUGGAUAAACCAUGUGCUAAGCAAUCAGACCCAACGGUGCUCUCCCCGUGGCUUUCUGAGAACCGUAAACAGCACAAUGUCACUGAAGUGAAGGUGAAGAGUAUCAAGAGUGCACAGAAGAACCCAAAAGCUAUUGAUGACUGGAUAGAUAGCAUCAGUCAACUCCAUCGCUCCAAACCUCCAGCCACAGUACUUUACACCAGACCCAUGCCAGACACUGAUACCCUGAUGCAAGAAUGGCCACCUGAGUUUGAAGAGCUUUUGGGCAAGCUGAACCUCCCCACAGCAGAUAUUGACUGUGACCUGGAAGAGUACAUCGACACAAUUUGCGGUAUCUUGGACAUUCCAGUAUACGAGAGCCGAAUCCAGUCUCUCCAUGUCCUGUUCUCACUUUAUUCUGAAAUCAGAAACUUCCAGGUUUGUUUUAAUUCUUUGGCUUUCCUGUGCUCCUCUCAACGCACAUUUUUUUUGUUGCACAAAACUAAGUUAGCUCUCGAGCCAACUCCUGAGCUUAUUGCUAAGCCGCCCAACAACAAGACUCUGGACAUCAAUGACUCAGGAGAGGUGGCCAGUUUGUACGCACCUACUCCAUGGCAAGCAGUCUUAAGGAACACAAGCCAACAGCAGCUGAAAAGCAUGGCCAAUAGUAGCAGUGAUGAGUCUGAAGACAGUAUCAAGCAAAAAAAGACAGGACCACCUGCUAGACCAUGUGAACCAGCUGAAACUGAUGAAGAGGAUGAUGAUGAUGAGGAGGAUGAUUCUGAUGACACAGAAUCAGAUGAAGAUUAUGGGGCCCCAAGACCAGCUCCAGAACGAUACACAACACAGACCACUGUGAUGGAUAAACCAUGUGCUAAGCAAUCAGACCCAACGGUGCUCUCCCCGUGGCUUUCUGAGAACCGUAAACAGCACAAUGUCACUGAAGUGAAGGUGAAGAGUAUCAAGAGUGCACAGAAGAACCCAAAAGCUAUUGAUGACUGGAUAGAUAGCAUCAGUCAACUCCAUCGCUCCAAACCUCCAGCCACAGUACUUUACACCAGACCCAUGCCAGACAUUGAUACCCUGAUGCAAGAAUGGCCACCUGAUUUUGAAGAGCAUUUGGGCAAGCAAAAAAAGACAGGACCACCUGCUAGACCAUGUGAACCAGCUGAAACUGAUGAAGAGGAUGAUGAUGAUGAGGAUGAUUCUGAUGACACAGAAUCAGAUGAAGAUUAUGGGGCCCCAAGACCAGCUCCAGAAGGAUACACACCACAGACCACUGUGAUGGACAAACCAUGUGCUAAGCAAUCAGACCCAACGGUGCUCUCCCCGUGGCUUUCUGAGAACCGUAAACAGCACAAUGUCACUGAAGUGAAGGUGAAGAGUAUCAAGAGUGCACAGAAGAACCCAAAAGCUAUUGAUGACUGGAUAGAUAGCAUCAGUCAACUCCAUCGCUCCAAACCUCCAGCCACAGUUCUGUACACCAGACCCAUGCCAGACAUUGAUAACCUGAUGCAAGAAUGGCCACCUGAUUUUGAAGAGCUUUUGGGCAAGCAAAAAAAGACAGGACCACCUGCUAGACCAUGUGAACCAGCUGAAACUGAUGAAGAGGAUGAUGAUGAUGAGGAGGAUGAUUCUGAUGACACAGAGUCAGAUGAAGAUGAUGGGGACCCAAGACCAGCUCCAGAAGGCACUAAGAAUUUGGCAGAGGCAACCCUCUACGGACAGCUUGAGCAUCAUUGA